AUGACAGACAUUUCAGUUAACACAUCAGUAUAUAACGUGAAAUGGCAGACCUGGAAUGGUUCCCUCCCUGAUGGAGCAGUGUCAAUUUACAACACAUAUGAGGAACGUACUGACUAUGUCUGCAAAUAUGGAUGCCAUGCUGGCUUCUACAGUCGUAGCUUGGGAGAUUUCUGCCACUAUCCGUAUGCCAGCAAAGAGUAUCGUACGGACUCAUUUGAUAUCCUUGUGAAUGAAGACAACUUUGGGAUCCUGGACUGGAAGAAAGGUUCCCGUGGCUCAGUGUCCAAACAUGCAGUUAGAACAUGUUCUAGUGAUGAGCUUUAUGUUGGAAAAAACGAGUAUGGUCUAGGUAAAGUGCUUCCUAGACAUAGGUCAUUUUAUCUACCUUGGAAAGGUGAAGUAUAUUGGUACAAGUCCUAUGAGGUGCUGACCAUUAAUAGAAAUAUUGACAGUGAGAUCAUCUCUGAUGUCAGGUAUAAAACUAACGACGCUAAACUCAUAGAGUAUCCUCCAGAGACCCUGCGCAUCUCUUCCAGUAUUAACAAUGAAUGCAAUCCAGUGACAAAGACAGUAACUCUUUCAAAGACAGUUACAGAUGAGAAAAGGUGGGACAUUCGCGCUUCUGUCUCAGUUGGUGUUGCUACGACUUUCACUACAGGAAUCCCUAUCAUAUUAUCCGGAGAGAUUAAGGUUAGCGGUCAAUUUACAUUUGACUAUUCAAAGGGGGAAACUCAUGCAAAAGAGCUCACCCACACUGUUGAAGAACAGGUCUCCGUCCCACCAAACCACUCCUGCAAAGUCAAAAUGCUAGCUUAUUGGUACAAUGUAAACAUCCCUUUUACUGCUCUCCUCACCCGAACCUACAGGAACACAACAAUUGAACGAUCAAACAUCUCAGGGACAUACUACAGCAUCCAGACGGGAGAGGUCCGUGCUGUGGUAGAAAGAUGUGAAUACCCCGGCAACAGACUGCCAGCCUGCCCAGGGUGCACCCCACCUCUCGCCCUGUGGCAGCUGGGGUAG